UUAUUAUGAAAAAAAAAAGGUGUAGAUUUUAAAGCUCUGUUCGUAAAGGAAGAUAUAACUUUAGGAAGGAGUUCCGGUUUUCUCUCUCUUGCUCGACCCUUCUUCGCCCGCCGCCCUGUCCUUGUCGUACUUACUCGUCAAAAUUAAAAUUCUUAAAAAGAUUUUCUUUUAAUAUUAUGUAUUUUCAUGUCUGAAUCAACUCCAAUUUGAUACUUAACAAUUUAUUCUCUCUCAUAAUUAUUUCCAAAGUAAUUUAUACAAGACAUAUAGUAAUCGAUAAAUAAAUGUGCCGACGACUUAUUUGAUGGAAAUUAAUUCCUUAAUUGGCGAGCUGAACUACUCUAGUUGCGUUGCUUGGUCGAGCUAAUGACUAAUUAAUUGGGUUACCCAAUUUUAUUAUCUUUAAGUUAAGAAGGGUCAUAAAUGAGCUCCAAGUAUAAACUAAACAUCCAUAUAAAAGAAAAUAGUGAUGCUGGUUAUCAUUGAAGACUGAGUCAAGGUUAAAUUUUGAUUAGUAUUUAAUUAAAGAGAUGUUACGAUAAAAUUUUUAUAUAAAAAGCAUAUCUUAUAUCUGAUAUGCACCGGGGUAUUUCAAUAUAAUUUUAUUAUGUGAUUAUUUUUUGUUUUAAUUUUUAAAAUUGGUUGUUCCGUUUGGUAUCAACAUUUUAGUGUUUGUUUAUGACACAAAUUUUUAUAAUUUAAAUUAUUAAAUUUUUUAUUUUUAUGUGGAUUUGGAACAUAUAAAUGGUGGAAGGAAGUUAGUAAAUUAGAGAAAUUUUAAAGAUAGGAUUAACAUUCAAAAUUUGAUACUAAACAAACUUUUUGUGCAAGCAUAAAUAUGUUGAAUGCUACUUCUUUUUAGACGUACAAAAGUCACCUUAGUAUGAUUUAAGAUGAAAUUAUAAUUUACUACUUUUUUCAAAAAAUAAAAAUAAAAAUAAAAAAAGAUAAAAAUUUGUUUAUUUUAAUUUUGCAGAUAAAUUUGAAACUAAAUACAAAAUUUUAGUUAUAAGAUUUUAAACAUUAAGUUAAUAAAACUAAACUGAAAUAGUAUAGAGAUUAUAAAAAAUAAAACCAAGCAAACUGCUAUACUUUGAAUAUGUUUAUGUUUUGGGUUUUAUUAUUUAAGUGUGUAAACAUUAAUAUUUGCUUAACCGAAGGCCGAAAUCGGUUGUUCCCUAACCACAGUGGCCCGGCCCAUCUAGCAGCUUACAGUGGCCUGUGAGCCUACUCAUCUAAGCAUUUGCAAUCCCUAGCCCCUUCGCCUCUUCUCCCCGUCGAGCGUUCACUCCCACAGCUCCUCUCCUCCUGUGUUUCGGUGCCUCCUUAGUAGCAGCUAUUCUUCCCUUCUGACCCAAAAACAGAAACUUCAUUUGACUUAUUUGGGAACUUGAUUCGAAGUGGCAGCAGGUUUGGUUUACGCCAAAACAUCUUCAGAAUCCAGUGUUUUUUUGCGGCUGCGGGCUUGCAGUUUUCUGUACUGCAAAUAUAUCCCGUAGUACUUAUAAUUAGCCUCGUUUUCAAUUUUCCCCUAUAAACCCUAGCUUAACCCUUGGGGGUCUCGUCCAACGAAGAAAUAGCUUUCAUUGGAAAAACAAGCGACAUAAUUUAUUGAUAGAAGAUGCAGCAGGACGAGGUUAUAUGGCAGGUUAUCAGGCACAACCAUUGCAGUUUCAUGGCCAAAAUUGCAACCGGGAAUUUCUGUAGAAAUCCAUAUAACGUUACUGGGAUUUGUAAUCGAAGCUCGUGCCCUCUUGCAAAUAGUCGCUAUGCCACCAUUCGGGACCAUGAUGGAGUCUUCUAUUUAUAUAUGAAAACUAUAGAAAGAGCUCACAAACCUAAUGAGUUGUGGGAGAGAGUUAAGCUGCCAAGAAACUAUGAAAAGGCACUUGAACUUAUUGACAAGCACCUGAUGUACUGGCCGAAGUUGUUAGUUCAUAAAACCAAGCAAAGGCUGACCAAAAUGACUCAGAUGCGAAUUCGCAUGAGAAAACUUGCUUUGAAAACGAGGGAAAAGAUAAUGACAACACCAAGGAAGGAGAAAAAGAGGGAGGCCAGGAGAGAGGAAAAAGCGGAAAAAGCAGCACUGUUGGAUAAGAGUAUUGAAAAAGAGUUGUUAGAACGCUUAAAGAAAGGAGUUUAUGGUGACAUAUACAAUUAUCCCGCUGAAAAAUACAAUGAGAUUUUAGAUAAGGAACUGCAGGUUGCUGAUGAUGUUGAAGAAUAUGAGGAGGAACCAGAAAUAGAAUAUGUUGAAGACUACGAGGAUCUUGAAGAGGAAGAUGACAUGGAAGAUUUUGGUGGUCUAGAAAUUAACGAACAUCGCAUGGGUGAUGACAGUGUUGACUCCGACGACGAGGAAGAGGCAGUUGCAGUUCACCGCAAGAGAGGAAGAGGAGAAUCUGGUGUGGCUUUAAGAAAGCUUGAGAAAGAGACACCUGGUGCAAAAUCAAAGAAGAAAGCAAGGGUACUUGUUGAGGUUGAGCGUGAAGAUGCUGAUGAAAGACAACAGGUUCACCAACUGGUUAAACACUGAUUAAAUGUUCUUGCGCGGUGCGGGCGGAUAUUCUUAUCCAAGUUCAAGGUUACUAAAA